AUGUCGGGUCUCAGCUCUCCAGAGUAUUUAGUGGAACUCGCUUCGAGACCAAUAGAGUCUGUCAUUUAUUAUACUACACCAGCGAAGUCUGUGGCCUCGGCGUUUUCUCCUGCUUUGUCCAAGACGUCAAAUGCUAUACAACUCAUAGAUCAAAAUGACCCGUUUGGAACUAUAGCGGACACGGUUAAAGAAGACAAACUAGCCACGAUAUUCACGAAUGAACUUACGUUGAUUAAUGCUUUGCCACAUCUGUAUUCUCUCAAAAACAACGCGGCUGUCAUUGUAGUGGAGCUGCGUACCAACAACUACGGAGUUAUAACAGCUUUGAAGGACUUGGGAUACUUUACGUUCAUUUCAAACAGCCCCAGCGACGUCGCAGACUUUGGAGCUUGCGCUUAUAAAGCUGCGUCCGAAUUGCUGCAACCGGUGUUCCAUUUCGUCAACCCCACACCAGGGCCAGUUCACGGAAGUAUCAACCUUAACGAGAUCACCCUGCUUGAAGAACCAACGGAAGACAGUACUUCUAUCUUAGAGAAUGUCAACAAAUUGGCGUAUUACGGCAAUGCAAAGGAUCCACAAAAUCUUGUUAUCAACUUAUCUGCUUUAGCUACGCGGUUUCAAAGGAUUCUACCGGGUGACACGGCUUUACUAGAGAUAAACGUUUACCGUCCAUGGGACAUAAAGGAAGUUUUCGAAUACGUUCGGUCAUCUGUGAGGAAAAUUGUGAUUGUGCAGGGAGCUAGUGCUCCACCAUACUUCAAUCUUUUCGAUCCUAUUUUGCUAGACUUUUUCGCGGAUUUCAAUCUGCUCAUUGAAAGGAACAUUGAUCAGCUCAUCGUGACACAUGUGGGGGAAAUCGCUGACGAGAAAGAUGCCCUUGACAAGAUCCUAGACAAUCUCCGAAGCAAAAAUCCUGAUAAAGCUUUGUUCGUCGGAAAAACGACUCUAGAUUCUGCGGUCGAUUCUGAAGUCAAAAAAUCGAUUAAGAAAGCAUUCAGCCAUGAGGAAGCGUAUCUGAAAGUAUUGAAACAAGUCUUUGCGUCCCAUGUUCAGAUUUUCAAUCAAUUCAAAGAUGAAAAAAUCAUUACCAGUCGGCCUGAGUAUGGUUUCGGCAAAUUUAUCAGACAGCAAGAAAAACGUGACGCUUUACUUGCACUAGCCAAGAAAUCUCUAGACCCCGCAGUUUUCAAUGCUGUGGAGGCUGAUGAUAUUGUCGCACACUUGAAGAAAUGGAUUGAUUCGAAUGAAAGAUCUUUGGAUGAGGUCCAAUUGGAUGAGGCUAAUGAAGUUGCAAGCGAACUGUAUGGUCUUCUUCAAAGAAAUCAAGACUCUGAGACUGCUUUGAAGCUUUUGGAAUUGGCGCCGUCGUCUGAUGCUUUUAAAAUUAAUUCCAACUGGCUGAUUGGUUCAGAUUCCUGGUCAUAUGACCUCGGGAAUUCAGGUGUUCAUCAAUUGCUAGCUUCGCGGCGUGAUAUUAACGUGCUCUUGAUCGAUUCCCAGCCUCAAGAAAAAGUGAAGACUUUGGCCGCUUCCUCUAUAAGCAAAAAAGAUGUUGGAUUGUAUGCUCUUAAUUUCGGAAACGCUUACGUGGCGUCCGUUGCCGUGUACUCAUCUUAUACCCAGCUGUUAAGUGCUUUAAUCGAAGCUUCUAAAUUCAAGGGCCCGUCGCUUGUGGUUGCCUAUCUACCCACCAGAAGUGAGAAUGACUCUAUUUUAGACAUUUUGAAAGAAACCAAAAGUGCAGUCGAGUCAGGAUUCUGGCCACUUUAUCGCUUCAAUCCUCUGCUUGACGAGAGAGAUUCUUUCAAAUUAGAUUCGUCAGUAAUCAGGAGACAGCUGCAAGAAUUCUUAGACAAGGAAAAUAGGCUAACCCUUUUGGCAAAAGCGUCUCCUACCCUCGCCCAGAAUUUGGAGUACUCUGCAAGUGGAGUAGUGGAGUUGAAACAACGAAGGAGAGCUAAGGCCGCUUACAAUCAACUUUUGGAGGGACUCUCUGGCCCUCCCAUUCACAUUUAUUUUGCAUCCGAUGGUGGCACUGCCUCAGGACUUGCUAGGCGAUUGGGAAGUAGAGCUCAGGCAAGAGGUUUGAAGGUUACUGUUCUCUCCAUGGAUGACAUCGAAUUGGAUGAGCUAGCGGGAGAAGAAAACGUUAUUUUUGUCACCUCGACUGCUGGCCAGGGUGAAUUCCCGCAAGACGGAAAAGCUUUUUGGGAUGCUCUCAAGGCGUCAAAUGAUUUAGAUCUGGCGUCGCUGAACUUUGGCGUGUUUGGCUUAGGUGAUUCUUUGUACUGGCCUCGUAAAGAGGACAAGCAUUAUUUUAAUAAACCUUCGCAGGAUUUAUUCAAAAAGCUAGAGCUGCUCUCUGCCAGGGCCAUUGUCCCCUUAGGACUCGGUGAUGACCAGGACGCUGAUGGUCAUCAAACGGCUUAUGGGGAGUGGGAGAAACAGCUAUGGGAAGCUCUCGGCGUAUCAGGGGCAGCUGUUCCAGACGAACCAAAACCCCUAACCAACGAGGACAUGAAGAUCGCUUCAAAUUUCUUGAGAGGCACAAUUGCCGGAGGGUUGAAAGAUGACACCACUGGUGCUAUAUCUGCCGCGGAUCAACAACUAACCAAAUUUCAUGGAAUUUACAUGCAAGACGACCGGGACAUCAGAGAAACAAGAAAGGCGCAGGGUCUAGAACCGUAUUAUAUGUUCAUGACCAGAAUUAGGCUACCUGGUGGAAAGGCGACCCCUGAGCAGUGGCUAAUCUUGGAUCACUUGGCUGACAAAACUGGUAACGGAACUAUUAAAAUUACAACAAGAGCAACGUUUCAGUUACACGGAAUUGUAAAAAGAAAUCUUAAACAUACAAUCAGAGCUAUGAAUUCCACUCUGAUGGAUACUCUUGCCGCUUGCGGUGAUGUUAACAGAAAUGUCAUGGUCUCAGCUCUACCUGCAAAUGCAAAAGUUCAUGACCAAGUCUCUGAGAUUGGGGCUAAAAUUUCUGAGUACUUGUUGCCUCGCACAACAGCCUACCAUGAAAUUUGGUUAGAAGGACCUGAUGACCGUGACCAAGACCCCAACUGGCGAUCAAUUUUCGAGAACAGAGAAGGAGGACCUAUAAAAAAGAAGACAUUGGUCGGAGGGAAUGCUUUGGUAGAUGUGGAACCGUUAUAUGGGCCAACUUAUUUGCCAAGAAAGUUCAAGAUUAACAUUACUGUCCCACCCUACAAUGAUGUGGAUGUUUUUUCCAUCGAUGUGGGGUUGGUCGCUAUCGUCAAUGAGAAGUCGCAGAUUGUUGAGGGUUUCAACAUGUUCGUUGGUGGCGGUAUGGGAGCUACUCACAACAACAAGAAAACUUAUCCAAGAACUGGUUCUGGCUUUGGUUUCGUGAAGGCGGACGAAGUACAUGUGGCAAUCGAAAAUGUCAUGCUUGUCCAGAGAGACCACGGUGACCGUCAAAAUAGGAAACACGCUCGUCUUAAGUAUACCAUCGACGACAUGGGCGUUGAAGUGUACAAACAAAAGGUUGAAGAAUUGUGGGGAAAGAAGUUCGAACCGGAGAGACCUUAUAAAAUAACGUCCAACACCGAUUAUUUUGGUUGGGUUAAAGACGAAAGAGGAUUCAACCAUUUUACCACUUUUAUUGAAAACGGGAGAGUUGAAAAUACUCCUGAUCUUCCUCACAAGACAGGCCUCAAAAAAAUUGCUCAGUAUAUGCAAAAAACUGGGUCCGGUCAUUUCCGACUAACAGGAAAUCAGCAUGUGUUAAUUAGCGGUAUCGAGAAUCAACAUCUGGCCGAAAUAAAGGAUUUGCUCAAGACCUAUAAGCUGGACAACACCGAUUUUAGCGGUUUGCGUUUAUCGUCGGCAGCAUGUGUUGCUUUACCCACCUGUGGUCUCGCAAUGGCCGAGUCCGAAAGAUAUUUACCGUUCUUGAUCUCUAAACUUGAAGAUGCUUUGGAACAGUAUGGCUUGCGUCAUGACUCAGUUGUCAUGAGAAUGACUGGGUGUCCUAACGGGUGCUCUCGUCCCUGGUUGGCUGAAGUUGCAUGCGUCGGAAAAGCGCCAGGAACUUACAAUUUGAUGUUGGGAGGUGGUCAUCAUGGUCAAAGACUGAACAAACUUUACAAGGCUUCUAUAAAGGAAGAGGAAAUCUUGAGUAUUUUGAAACCGCUAUUCAAAAAAUGGUCGUUGGAACGUGAGGAUGGCGAACAUUUCGGAGAUUUCCUCAUCAGAUCAAAGGUUAUAAAGCCAACUUUAGAGGGUAAAUUUAUCCAUGACGAUGUCGCAGAAGAUGCUUUUUGA